AUGCUUGCCUGCAGCCCAUUCCCCAAGGCGUCUCCUGUCCCUCUGCUGCUGAUCACAUCAAUAAAGGGUGACAUCUGUGCAGCCGAUCACGGCGAGCCAUUUCAGCGCUGCACAGAGACCAAGGCUUGGGCUUUGGAUGCCACCAGGGGCUGGCUAGUCGCCCUGCCCAGCCCCGCCCUACCGGCUGCUGGGCGCGUGGCACAGAGAGAGCGGGCAGCUGAGUUCCCAUCGCCAGUCACCACCGCGCCAGGUGAACUGUUUAGACUCAGCUCGCACAGGCAGCACUGGCCAAGUUGUAUUUGCCUCAAAAGUGUACCCUUUCAAGUCUUCACUCACUGGCAGUGGGGGCCUACGAACACCAUUCUGCCUUGCCAAGAUCAGUAUUUUGUAGGAGGCCAGAGUUAUAAUUGCCCGUAUUCCACUACAACGUCAGAAUCUAGUGUUGAUGUUUCCAAGGAGACUUGGGUCUCUUUCUGGGCUGCUGGUCUCCUGGACAACGCUGAGCCCCAACAAGCACCACAGACACAGGAGGCGUCUUGCGAUCUCAGUGUCCCUGGUCUGGAUUCAUGUUCAUGGGAAGAGGCUCAGCUUUCCUCUCAGCUCUACAAAAAUAAACAGCUCCAGGAUACUCUCCUACAGAAGGAGGAAGAACUUGCUAGGCUACAUGAAGAGAAUAAUCACCUCAGACAAUACCUGAAUUCUACUUUGGUUAAAUGUCUGGAAGAAAGGGCAAAGAAAUUGCUCUCAUCAGAUGACUUCUCCAAAGUGUGUGGAAAACUCAGAAAAGAGAAGAGGAAACCCAAAGAACACAGACAUCCCCCUGCUGAGAUACCCCAGUCCAAAACUGCCAAGAGAAACCUCUCCACAGAGUUUUCUAACUGUGAAGGACAACCUGGGCCCUGUGUGGACCCCUGGGUUCUUCAAACCCUUGGGUUGAAAGACCUCAACACCAUUGACGACACCCUUCCAGCUAACUACAGUGCCAUUGCCUUCCAUCCCAGAACAGUCCCCAGUACAUCCUCCCAAUUUCUACAUGACACAGUUGGCUUUGAAACUAUUCCUAGAGAUCUGCACCUUGACCGUGGAGAGAACAGAAUACAUGCCUCUCGUGGCAACACCAUCUAUCAGCAAGAAUGUCACUGCUUUCCUAGGCUUUCCAAUCCUCCGGUAGGGGUGCAGACUCUUGCUUUCCACAGUGGAGAUGUGUCACCCAACAAGACAGAAGUGGCCUUUUCCACAUCGCUGAGCCCUCACUGCAACGUGAAAACACACUCUUUCCACCAGGGACAAGCCUUUGUGCGCCGAGAUGAGGAGGGAGGCUGGAAGUUUACCUGGGUCCCUAAGCAACCUUAGUGACCCCUCUUCUAUCACAGAGUACUGCCAGGACCUCUGUUUACAAAGAUCUCUUUCACAUGGACUUGAACAUUCAGAACACAACAGCGUUUGCCUGCCUUCUGCCACUGCCAGUGUUCCUUUAGGUUACUUACUUAAAUCUGCAGAAUAUGGUUAUCAGGAAUCCAUACUACUAGGUAUCUGCUCUUCUUUUACUUGUAUUUUACUUGUUUACAUGUCCAUACCUGCAGUUAACUUUCUUUUUUUGUCUUGACACCUGGAUAUGUAUUUUCUAAUCACAUAUAUUUUCAAGACCAAAAUGUACUAUCUCAACUAUGGCCAGUUUAACAGCAUAUCAUUUUUGGUCAAAUGGUCUACAUGAUGCUUCUGUUACUUCUCUGUUUGUCUUUAUUUCUGAAAAAUACUUUUAGAAUGAGCCCUAUUUCUGCUUCACACCCUUACUACUGAGUGUUCACAAAUUGAGGGAUCUUCCCAUUGGCACUAUUAAAGACCCAAUGUUGAUGUAAGUAACAUUAUGUCCUGGGAAGAGCAAAUCAUUAGUGUCCCAUAGGGAGAUAGUCCAAGUUCCAACAAUGCUAACCUCACUGAUAAGCAACACAAAUGAUAGCAGCUGAAAGGAUUACUGCAACUUUAAAGUGCUGUGUGCUGUAACUACCUCUAUUGGCACUUGGCAUGAUUUCUUUGAGCAGUAUGUUUCAAACUUUUUUUUUUGAAGGACUUUAAUUUUAAAAGAGGUGGGGAAAUUUCCUAAACUACACAGACCCUGAUGUCUCUGUCACUGGAAGGGUAGUGUAGCUUGCCUUUGUCAUUAUCUUAUCCUUUUGUAUUCUUCACUCAACAAUCCCCUCAUAAUAUGUAUAGGGUACUUAGUAUCCAGUAUCCAUGUUCGACAAGGCACUGUGACAUGUCCCGAGUUCCGGACUCCUGCACAGGUUAACCUUGGGAAAGAUAUUUCAUAAAAGUGAAGAUU